UGAGAUAUAAUCUUUUUUAUUUUCUUUGGGAAAGAAUUUAAACUGACACGACCUUUCUUUCUGCAAUCAUCAGUGUAAAUUGCAACAUGAGGGCGUAUCCUGUGACGUCAUCACGCACCACACCCGCCCCCUGUACGUCGCAGACAGUUUGAUAAUCUGCACCGGAACAGCUCGCGUCAAAAAACAAGCCGGACAGCCAUCACCCUUUAAGUCCACUUGCCUCGCUCCGCUCUCCUCUGACACCUGUAGCCAGACCGUGUCCGACAUGAAGGGAAUGAUUGUUCAGCUGAGCCGCGGCCUGAGCCGUUCUGCGCCCGUCCUCUACCGGAGCCUUCACUCCGGAACACGACCUGCCUCCACCGCAGCCUCCAAGCUCAAGGUGGAGCGUCCGCUUACUUCGGAGGAGAUCUACUCCCGAGAAGACAAAUAUGGCGCACACAACUACCACCCCCUGCCCGUGGCCUUAGAGCGAGGGGAGGGCAUCAACGUGUGGGACGUGGAGGGAAACCGGUAUUAUGACUUCCUCAGUGCUUACAGCGCGGUUAACCAGGGACACUGCCACCCCAAGAUCAUAGCCGCACUCAGUGCCCAGGCGUCCAAACUCACCCUGACUUCCAGAGCCUUCUACAACGACGUGCUCGGAGCCUAUGAGGAAUUCAUCACCAACAUGUUUGGCUAUGACAAAGUUUUGCCCAUGAAUACAGGGGUUGAAGGUGGUGAGACUGCCUGCAAGCUUGCGCGGAAGUGGGCCUACAACGUGAAGGGGGUGCCCAAAAAUAAGGCCAAAAUUAUCUUUGCAAAUGGAAACUUCUGGGGCCGCACCAUGGCCGCCAUCUCCAGCUCCACUGACCCCAGCAGCUAUGAGGGAUUUGGUCCCUUCAUGCCCGGCUUUGAGCUCAUCCCGUUCAACGACAUUCCUGCAUUGGAGGAAGCCCUUCAAGACCCAAACGUAGCGGCCUUCAUGGUGGAGCCCAUCCAGGGGGAGGCUGGUGUCGUGGUGCCCGAUCAGGGCUACCUGACUAAAGUCCGAGAACUUUGCACGAAACACAACGUGUUGUGGAUUGCUGAUGAGGUGCAGACAGGCUUGGCGCGUACCGGCCGGCGUCUAGCUGUUGACCACGAGGGAGUGCGCCCAGAUGUGGUGAUUCUGGGCAAAGCUCUCUCUGGAGGAGUUUACCCUGUGUCUGCUGUGCUGUGUGACGAUGAAGUGAUGCUCACCAUCAAGCCCGGGGAGCACGGGUCCACGUACGGGGGAAACCCUGUGGCCUGCCGAGUGGCUAUUGCAGCUCUGGAGGUGAUGGAGGAAGAGAAGCUGUCAGAAAAUGCUCAGAGGAUGGGAAUGAUGCUGCGGGACGAGCUGAGAAAACUACCCGAGGAUAUUGUUACAACGGUCAGAGGAAAGGGCCUUCUCAAUGCGAUCGUCAUCAAAGAGACCAAAGACUACGAUGCGUGGAAAGUGUGUCUGCGCCUCCGAGACAACGGACUCCUGGCUAAGCCCACACACGGCGACAUCAUCCGACUGGCCCCCCCUCUGGUCAUCAACGAAGACCAGCUGCUGGAGUGCACCGACAUCAUCAAGAGAACCAUCAUGUCCUUCUAAACAACGGUUCAGCAAAGCACCGACGGAGUCGAAAGCAGUGACGCCGUCACUCUAAAUAUUUUUAAGUCGCUUUUAUUUCCUUCAUUUGUGUUUGUGACCCUCACGUCUCUGUGGAGACUGUGAACGCAAUUACAGAAAGUUAUCGGCAUGAGGAAGAGAGCUUGUGGGCCGGCUUUAGUAAAGACUCCACAACAGUUAAAAGAUCUUUGUUUGGGAGUGGCAUACAUAAUAUUUACUUCUAUUAAUGAUUGUAAAUCAUUAAUACAAUGUCUUUAAAUGAAUCUUCAAUUUUAGAAAAGACAAUUUAAUCACGAGUCAUGCAGCCUAGACAGGAACAGUCUUUAGUUAAACUGAAGAAUGCAAAAGUCCUCAACAGGAUUGUGAGGGAAAAGCACCUUACAGAGAAGCAAUCUUUUUUCCCAGUUAACACAAAAUCAUAAGUAUUACACAGUCUGACAAGUCGAGUUGGCUGCACUUUUUCAACUGAACCAUUGCUUCCUGCUGACAACGAUGUUACAAAAAAAGGCAAAAAAGUUAGAUUAUCGUAACUUAAGUCCUGUAACUGACCAAAACUGUUUGGCUGUAAACAGGUUAAUUUGUUAUUUAUUUUUUAAUAGAGAUCAUUUUAUGUGAGGAGUAACGAAUGUUUCGAAGGGAACACAGUGUUUUUCUAGCGCUGGCUGGUUGAAUUUGCUGUAUGUACAGUAUGUAUGUAAAGAUUGUCUUUUCAAAGGCACCUCAAGUUGUUACAAAAACAAUGUCUCUUCAAAUAAACCUUUCCAGACCCC